AUGGCCCCACAGGAUAAGGACAAACCAGCGAACGAACGAACUGGACUCCUCCGGCACCCUCUACCACAGAUAUUAAAGCACCAUAGUACCCCAGCAGGACAACCACUCACUCAGGGUCAAACCACACAACCAACGCUCAUAUCCCAUUCCAACCACCAUCUCACAAACGCUUAUCAUCUAGCUGGUCUAGUUAAUGAUCAGGGUGGGGAGUAUGAAAAGUAUAGGAAGUCUUCAGAGGAACUGAAACAACUGUCCAGUAAGGCACGACAAUUUUACGAGCGUCAGAACGAGAUCCUAGACUAUUUCCAGGAGAUAGAUUCUGUCCUAGACAGUUCGCGUCGACGGUCAAGCGCCGGAGUAACUCCAGAGCGCAGGAGAAGUGAGGGCUUAAUCGAACCCGACCUGGAAUCCGAUUCUCUGCUAGACCAUGACCAACGUCCCGGUGAACCAGUAGAAUGUGCACGUAAAUUGGAUCGCGAACGUAAAGAGAGUCUUAGCGUCAGACGGACAAUUAGUAUCAACUUUUUCAUCAAUUUCCUACUGCUGGCUGGAAAAAUCUUGGUAGCUUUGCUGUCAAACUCAAUAUCGCUAAUUGCCUCGUUGGUCGAUAGCGCCAUGGACUUCCUGUCAACUGCUAUCAUCUGGUGGACAAAUCGGAAAAUUGAUAGCAAAAGUUGGCAAUCAAUUUGGCAGUACCCUGCGGGGAAAAGACGGAUGGAGCCGAUGGGUGUAGUAGUGUUUUCGGUGUUUAUGAUCUCAUCAUUUGUUCAAGUCUUAGUGGAGUCGGUCGAGCGACUAUUUGCCGGGUCAAAAGCCGCCAUCAGUAUUCCAUUCACAUCGAUGAUCGUCAUGUGGGUUACCAUCCUCGUCAAGGGGGUCGUAUGGCUCUGGUGUCGCAGAAAGAAAAACACUAGUGUUAAAGCUUUGGCUCAGGACGCCGAAAACGAUUGUAUUUUGAACAUAUUUUCACUCUUGUUCCCUUAUAUUGGUCUCAAAUUUAACCUCCCCUGGUUAGAUGCGGUCGGAGGAUUAAUUCUAUCACUGUAUAUCAUUACCGAAUGGACGGGGACGCUGUUUGAUAACGUCAGGAAUCUCACCGGCCGUCGAGCCGAUCCAAUCCAACACCAACGAGUAGCAUACUUAGUCACUCGGUUCUCGCCAUUGAUCCAGGCAGUCCAGCACUGUCAUGUGUAUCAAGCUGGUGAUGAUUUGAUUGUUGAGACAGAUGUGAUUCUCUCGCCCGAAACCCCAUUGCCUGUUGCUCACGAUGUCGGUGAAUCGGUACAGUAUGCCCUAGAAUCACUAGACGGGAUUUCUCGCGCUUAUUGUCACGUGGACUUCAGUAGUAAUCCGAUGUCUGGUCAUUUCCAACGAUAA